AUUAGUCACUGGAUUCCUUUAAUUUACAAGGUUUAAUUCAUUACAUUCUCCCUGUUUACAACCCUUCCCCCAUUUUACUGCCCGCUCGUUUUGGGAAAGAAAUGGAGGACAAAUCACUACCGAAAGAGGGGGUGGGUUCCUUGGAAUAAAUCUGGUUUAAGAUGAAAACGAAUGGACUUUAUUAUACACUUUACAACCACACAAAUACGGGGUAGUUUUCAGGUGUUUGAUAGUAAGCUUCAAUAUGCUGUUGUGAGAGAAACAUGGUGUGAGAUCCGAGCUUCGCUGCCUGCAAGGUCGACAGACCGAGGAACAAGAGGCGCCAUUAAAGCUCAGGGUAUGGGACUUAGACAAAUAACCGUAGCCUGAAUGAACAGUUAAAUUAUUGCAUAAAAUGAGCCACCAUUGCCUUCUUUUUCCCCUUCAGCGUUAGCAACGCAGCCUGCCUGACAGCACAGUCCUGCGCGUACGUACUAGACUCUGCUCGUGUAUUCCUGCGCAAAGGGGGUUGUGCUUUUUGGAGGGAGGAGGGGGUGAGGAGCGUAAACUGAAACCCAAAAUAUUCACGAACACCUUAAGGUGCAUUAAACUGCACGUUUUAGAAACAUCGUUUCUUGUCCACCCCAAACGCCCCGGCGCUCGGGAUGUUUGUCCGCAUCGACGCGUGGCACGUUGUUCCUGAGAGCGGACUAUUUUGCGAGAGCGCGGAAGCCUCGCGCGACGUGCCGGAUCUGCUUUCUGUGUGUGUUGGGUGAAUGGAGGCGCAGCUCUUCCUGGUGAACAAACACUGACAACUAUAGGGCAGCCUAGCGAUACCCGCUUCCCAGAACGGCCACACACCUUCUCCUUCACCCCCAAAACAACCCUAAACAUGGCUGCUGAGCGUAAACACAUCGCGCAGUUGAAAUCCGAACUGUACUUCCUAAUAGCCCGGUUUUUAGAAGCUGGACCUUGUCAGGACGCGGCAGAGACCUUGAUACGGGAGGUUCAGGAGAAGGAGCUGUUACCCAAAAGGAUUGACUGGACUGGCAAAGAACACCCAGGGAGUUACGAAAAUUUGGUCAAAUUGUACAGGCACAUUUCUCCAGAUCACCUGUUGCAGGUGUGUGAGCGAGUGAGUCCUCUUUUAGAGAGAGAAGUGCCAGCCAGUGUACCUGGAGUUAAUUCACUGCUGGGAGCUGGACGCCAGUCAGUGCUACGUACAAACAAGAGUUGUAAGCACGUGGUAUGGAAGGGGUCUGCCCUCGCAGCCCUGCACUGUGGCAGGCCACCCGAGCCGCCAGUCAUCUAUGGAAGCCCGCCCAAUAUUGUGGAAACAAUAUACAGUCGGAGGCUGAAUGGCUCAUAUCGGUUGGGUCAGUUGGUUCCGACAGCUGUUUACCAACAUAUGAAGAUGCACAAGAGAAUUCUGGGACACCUGUCAUCUGUGUACUGUGUCACCUUCGACCGCACCGGUCGCUGCAUCUUCACA